AUGUCCAAGCCCGGCCAGCUCGCCGACAACGAGGUCUACCUCGGCACCUACUUCCUCGACCGCCUCGCACAGCUCGGCGUCAAGUGCCUGUUCGGCGUCCCGGGCGACUUCAACCUGACCUUCCUCGACCUCGUCGAGGAGCACCCCGACGUCAAGUGGAUCGGCAACACGAACGAGCUGAACGCGUCGUACGCUGCCGACGGCUACGCGCGCGUCAAGCAGGCCCAGCUCAACCAGGACCGCGAGGGCGACCAGGCCGACUCGAAGCCGGGCCAGGCCAAGAGCGGCGGCGGCAAGGACAAGACGCAGGGCGGCGUGAGGGGCCUCGGCGCCCUCCUGACGACCCAGGGUGUCGGCGAGCUGAGUGCGGUCAACGGCAUCGCCGGCGCGUAUGCCGAGCGCGUGCCCGUCAUCCAUCUCGUCGGCGUCGCGUCGACCAAGCUGCAGAAGUCGCGUGCCGUCCUGCAUCACACGCUCGGCGACGGCCUCACCAACGUCUUCGAGCAGGCGCACUCGGGCAUCACCUGCGCGCGCGCCUUCCUCCAGAAGGCCGAGGACGCCGCGUCCGAGAUCGACCGCAUCCUUCUCGCCGCCCUGACGACGGCGCGUCCGGCGUACCUCACCCUCCCGACCGACCUCGUCUUCAUCCCCGUCGACAAGAAGCGGCUCGAGACGCCCAUCAUCCCGGACUCGGUCGCGUUCGAGAACAAGGACGUCCUCCCGACGGGCAAGAAGGUCGAGGACGAGACCAAGAAGCGCCUCGAGUUUGUCGUCAAGGAGAUCGAGCGCCUGUGGGAGGGUGCCGAGGACCCGAUCGUGCUUCUCGACGCCUGCGCCAUUCGCUACGGCGUCGGCCACCUUGCGCGCGACCUCGUGCAAGCCACCAAGGUCAAGUUCUACACGACUCCUAUGGGCCGCACGGCGAUCGACGAGGACCCCGAGAACGGGUUCGGCGGCGUCUACGUCGGCGAGAUCUCGGACCCCGAGGUCAAGGAGGUCGUCGAGAAGUCGGACCUCGUCAUCAUGGUCGGCUCGCUCAAGUCCGACUUCAACACGGGCGAGUUUUCGUACCCGUUCUCGCAGGAGCAGGUCAUCGAGCUGCACUCGGACUCGACGCUCGUCCAGUACGCCCACUACCCCGACGUGUCGUUCCACAUGCUCCUGCCCGCCCUCGCCAAGGCCCUCAAGCCCAAGUCGAACGUCUCGCAGCCGCCCAAGCACGUCGGCCUGUCGACCAAGGUCCCCGAGGGCGACAAGGACGAGAUGGUGACGCAGAAGGCCUUCUGGCCGAUGAUGGGCGCCCAGCUCUUCAAAGAGGGCGACAUCGUCGUCACCGAGACCGGCACGUCCAACUUCGGCAUCCUCGGCAGCGCCCUGCCCAAGGGCACGACCUCCGUGAGCCAGGUGCUCUGGGGCAGUAUCGGGUUCGCGAACCCCGCUACGCUCGGCGCGCUCCUGGCGGCAGAGGAAUCGUCCACGCCGCGUCGCACCAUCCUCUUUACCGGCGACGGCUCCAUCCAGCUCACGAUCCAGGAGGUCGCCACCAUGGUCCGCCUCGGCCUCAAGCCCAUCCUCGUCAUCCUCAACAACAACGGCUACACGAUCGAGAAGCUCAUCCACGGCGAGACGGCGUCGUACAACAACAUCCCGUCGUUCGACUGGCAGUCGAUGCUCUCGUUCUUCAACGCGCCGGCACCCAACUUCAAGCCGCUCCCGACCAAGUCGUGGCUCGCCGAGACGCGUGGCCAACUCGAGGACAUCCUCACCAACGACGAGUUCCAGAAGGCCGACAAGAUCCAGGUCCUCGAGGUCCGCAUGGCGCCUCUCGAUGCGCCCGAGAGCCUCAUCAAGCAGGGCAAGCUCAGUGCCGAGCUCAACGCGGCGUGA